UCCGACAUCACAGUCUUCCAGGCUUCCACGUACAGCAAGCCCAACGGCAGACAUGAAGGUGCUCGGUUUCCUGGUGGCGGUGUCGUUGGCGGCGAUGGCGGCAGGGGAGGCGCCCUCCAACAGUUACGGCGCGCCCUUCGGUCAGCCUCAACCUCAGGCCCAGUUCCAGCGCCAGCAGGCGCAGCCCAAACUCAAGGCUCAACCUAAGGCUCAACCCAAACCUCAGCCCCAGCCUCAGCCUCAACAGCAGCCUCAGGCGUUCGCCCAGUCGCAGGCGCAGCCUGCCUUCUCUGCACCCCUGUCCUUGUCGCCACUGUAUGCAGCGGGCUCCCCCCAAUUCGGCAGACAGUUCUUCAUCCCGGCACCAGAACCCUCUCGGCUGUCUGAGCUGUACCGCCUGCCCAACGAGUAUGGUCCCCCACCAGCCACGUUCACGACCACCACUGAGGCCGCCACCACCACAACCGAGGUUCCCACCACAACGGAACAAGCUAACUUCGGCUUCGCCGGCGGCCGCAACGCGGCGCUACGUGAGGCAGAGGAGAGCGGCGUGUACUACGUGCUGCAGCCGGACGGCCGCCUGCACCGCAUAGCCUACAGCCACGGGCCCGCCCCCGCAGCAGCCGCCCCCACCUCGGAGAAACAGCGCGCCGCCUCCAGUGAACUGUCUGCCCUGCAGCAGCCAGCACUCGCUCCCGGAUACCUGGCGCGCUUCCAGUACCAGGAGGUGCAACCAGCUGGGGCACCAAUCUACACCUACGGCCAACCCGAGCUUGUGCGUGUUAACUAAACCCCCCGCGGAUCCCUCCUACAGCUAAUACUCAAAGCCACCAAUAAGAGGCUAUCUCCCAGUUCUUUUUAUCUCAAACCGGUCUCCAUGAUAGAUUGUUGUGCAGUGUCUCUAUUCCAGGGAAGCGUUUCAGUGUCUGUUAUCAACACAGUUUAUGUCCUAAAUAUAUAAUAGGGCAAUACUAACGUAUAUAUUCCACAAAUUUAUCCUUCCAUUCCCCACAUAUCCUUUCUGUAUGGCUUCCAAUAUAUUUUGCAAUUUUCGUAUUCAAUAAAUGAAUGCAUAAUGGAAAAUCACUGACAAACGAAGGUAUAUGUGACUAUAACAAAAACGAAAUGUCCACUUUCCUGUACUACAUCGGUUGUGACAACUCUUACACAUGUAGAGAAACUGAUUACGAACCAUACACAACACAUCUCGCAUCUCAAAUGAGACUAAUGUGGCAAACUUUCUUGAUAUUUUUAUCAGUUGACAUGUUAGUGUCAAGUGAAGUGAACUGAUCUUUUACAAGUCACUUUGCGUUUUUAAUUUGUAGCAGAUGAGACUGAGUCCCAACUUUUCUGAUAUUACCACUGCUUUUUUGUUUUCCUCCUGUUCUUGUUGCUGUAGGUGAUUUGUGUUACAAAUCUUGAUAGACUGUGACAUUGUGUAGUACAUGUAAUUGAAACAUUUGUUGUGAAUAUGUUGUAUCUCCUUGUUAAUUACUGAUGUUAUGUUGUGCACAUAUUAAUAAAAAUUUUAUACAGUUGAUGAAA